AUGAGUGAAUUAGGAGUUCAAAUCAAAGGAAAUACAAUAACUAAUCUUCGUAAAUUAGCAAAACCUCCCGAAGCUAUCAUGAUUGUACUUGAUAUGGCAUUAAUAUUAAUGAAACGACGUAUUGAUCCAAUACGAAUUGAUUAUAAUCUUGAUGAACCAUUUUAUGCACCAUCGAAAACAGAAAUUUUAAGACUUCUGAAUUUUUCUGGAUUAUUAUCAACAUUAUUAACAAUACGUGAACUUAAUGAUGAAAUCAUUGAAUUAUUAGCACCAUAUACAGAGAUUAAAGAUUUAUCUGAAAAAGCUCGAAAAGCUUAUCAAGAUUUAGCAACAUUAAAAACAUGGACAGAUAAAAUACAAUCUUAUCAUGCAAUUAAUAAAGAAGUUAUUCCAAUAAAAGAUAAAGUACAAAAAGCAGAAAAUUCACUUCGAAAAGCUUCAAGAAAAUUAGCUAGAGCUGAACGAGAACUUGAAAGAACUGAAAUUGGUUUAGCUAAAUGUCAACAUGAUUUUGAUGUAGCUAUGAAAACAAAACAAACAUAUCAAUCAGAUUAUGAUGCUUUACUUAAACGACGUGAUGAUGCAAAUACAUUAAUAUCAGGAUUAACAGGUGAAAAAAUUCGAUGGAAUGAACAAAAUAAAGCAUUUGAACAAAGUAUUGAAAAAUUAGUUGGAAAUACUAUACUUGUAACAGCUUUUCUAUCAUAUUCUGGUCCAUUUAAUCAAGAUUUUCGGCAACGUUUAUUAAAUGAAUGGCAAAAACAAAUACAACAAAGAACUAUUCCAUUUUCGGAUAAUUUUGAUAUUAUUGAACAAUUAAAUGAUGAAGCAACAAUCGGUGAAUGGAAUUUACAAGGUUUACCAAAUGAUGAUCUAUCAAUUCAAAAUGGUAUUAUAGCAACAUCAAACUAUCGCUAUCCACUUCUAAUUGAUCCACAAUUACAAGGAAAAUCAUGGAUAAAAAAUAUGGAACGUGAUAAUGAUAUAUUAAUAACAACAUUUAAUUCAAAAAUGUUUCGACAACAACUUGAAGAUUCAAUUUCACUUGGACGUCCAUUAUUGAUUGAAGAUGUUGAUGAAGAAUUAGAUCCAAUUUUAGAUCAUAUUUUAGAAAAAAACUAUUUUAAAAUAGGUCUUUCUCUACGAGUUAAAGUUGGUGAUCGUGAAGUGGAUGUUAAUCAUACAUUUCGUUUAUAUAUAACAACAAAAUUAGCUAAUCCAACUUAUUCUCCUGAAGUAUGUGCACGAGUAUCAAUUAUUGAUUUUACUGUAACACAACGUGGAUUAGAAGAUCAAUUACUUAGUCUUGUUAUUGCUAAUGAACGUGCUGAACUUGAACGUGAACGUGUUACAUUAGCACGUGAAACAACAAAAAAUAAACGAAUGUUAAAAGAACUUGAAGAAAAUUUAUUAAUUAAAUUAACAAGUAUUGAAGGUUCAGUACUUGAUGAUCCAUCUCUUGUUGAAGUACUUAAUGCAAAUAAAAGAAUUGCUAUAGAAGUUAAAGAAAAAGUUUCUAUUGCUGAAGAUACAAAAAUGAAAAUUAGUGCAGCAAGAGAAGAAUAUCGACCUGUUGCUGUUCGAGGAUCGAUCAUUUAUUUUCUUAUGUCAGAAAUUACACUUGUUAAUCAUAUGUAUCAAAUAUCAUUACAACAAUUUCUUGGUCUUUUUCAUGAUUCAAUGAUAAAAUCAAAUAAAAUUGCUGCAACACAAAAACGUAUUCAAAAUAUAAAUGAUUAUUUAACAUAUCGAACAUGGUUUUAUACAACACGUGGUUUAUAUGAAGAAGAUCGACUUAUGUUUACAUUAUUAAUGGCAUUAAGAAUUGAUUUACGUCGAGGAAAAAUACGUUAUGAUGAAUUUGAAGUAUUAAUUAAAGGUGGUGCAUCAUUAGAUUUAAAUACAUGUCCACCAAAAUUAUUUCGUUGGUUAAAUGAUUCAUCUUGGCUUAAUUUACUUGAAUUAAGUCGUUUGAAAGAAUUUCAUGAUGUUAUUGAUCGAUUACAAAAGAAUGAACGUGCAUUUAAAGAUUGGUUUGAUAAAGAAUCAUCUGAUUUAUCAUCAUUACCUGAAACAUAUGAAAAUUUAAAUAUAUUUCAUCGAUUUUUAUUUGCUCGUUGUAUAUCACCAGAUCGAACAAUAUCAGAAGCACGAUAUUAUAUUCAAGAUAGUCUUGGAAUAAAAUAUUCUGAAAUUCCUGUACUUAGUUUAGAAUUAAUAUGGGAAGAAAGUGAUUAUAAAACAUCAUUACUUGGUUUAUUAUCAUCAGGUGCUGAUCCAACAUCAAAUAUACAAUCAUUAGCAAAAAAGAAAAAUAUUGAUUUAUUUAUUGUAUCUAUGGGACAAGGACAAGAAAUACUUGCUCGACGUUAUCUUCAACAAACAAUUACAUUAGGAGGAUGGCUUUUAUUACAAAAUGCACAUUUAGGUUUAGAUUAUCUUGAAGAAUUUCAUGAAACUCUUAUUGCAACAGAUACAUUCGAUCCAUCAUUUCGUUUUGUAUGUGUACGAGCUGGUCUCAAACGUACUUAUGGUUUAAUUAAUCAAGAUAAACUUGAAUAUAUUGAAACAAUUUAUUGGCGUCCAUUAUUAUAUGCUACUUCAUUUCUUCAUAGUAUCAUACAAGAACGUCGAAAAUUUGGACCAUUAGGAUGGAAUAUUCCAUAUGAAUUUAAUCAAACUGAUUGGGAAGCAUCUGUACAAUAUAUUCAAAAUCAUUUAGAUGAUAUGAAUCCAAACUUAAAUAUAUCAUGGAAAGCUAUUCGUUAUAUGAUAUCAGAAAUUCAAUAUGGUGGUAGAAUAACUGAUGAUCGUGAUCGUCGUUUAAUGAUUACUUAUGCUAAAAAAUGGUUUAAUGAUUUAUUAUUUUCAUUAGAUUUUAAAUUUUAUGAUGGUUAUUCAAUACCAAAAGUAAAACGUCUUGAUGAAUAUAUUGAUUAUAUUGAUAAAUUUCCAUUAAUUGAUCCACCACAAAUAUUUGGUCUUCAUUCAAAUGCUGAUAUAACAUAUUCAACAAAUCGAGCUAAAUCUAUGCUUGAAAAAAUUGUUCAUAUACAACCAAAAGAAGCAAGUUCAAAUAUAUCUGGUGGUGAAACACGAGAUAAAAUUGUUUAUAAUCUUGCAAAUGAUAUGUUAAAUAAAUUACCAAAAAAUUUUAUACAACAUGAAGUACGAGAGAAAUUACGUAAUAUGGGUAUAUUGAAUCCAAUGAUUAUAUUUUUACGUCAAGAAAUUCAUCGAAUUGAUCGUGUUAUACGUACUGUACGAAAUUCUUUAAAUGAUUUACAAUUAGCUAUUGAUGGUAUAAUUAUAUUGAAUGAUUCUCUACGUCAAAUACUUGAUUCAAUCUAUGAUGGUCGUGUUCCAAUUGAUUGGACAAGAUAUUCAUGGGAAAGCAGUACUCUUGGUUUUUGGUUUUCUGAACUACUUGAUCGAUAUACUCAAUAUAAUAAUUGGUUGAAUUAUGGUCGACCUAAAUGCUUUUGGAUGACGGGUUUCUUUAAUCCCAACGGUUUUCUUACAGCUAUGCGACAAGAAGUAACACGAAUGCAUAAAGGAUGGUCACUUGAUACUGUAAUAAUUGAUAAUAUUGUACUUCGUUCAUAUAAAGAUGACAUUCGAGAAGCACCAACUGAAGGUGUUUAUGUUUAUGGUCUUUAUUUGGAAGGUGCUGGUUGGGAUCGAAAAAAUACUCGUUUACAUGAAUCACAAAAUAAAGUUGUUUAUGUUCAAAUGCCAGUUAUUCAUAUAUUUGCUAUAAAUCCAUCUGUAACAAAUCAAAAAACUGGAAUAAUUACAAAUAAAAAAUUAAGAUUAAAUCAAAUAACAUUUCGAACAAAACAAAAUGAACAAAUUUCAAUUGCACCAUAUAUUUAUAUGUGUCCAGUCUAUAAAAAACCAAUACGUACUGAUCUUCAUUUUAUAACUAUGCUUAAAUUAGCAUCGAAUGAUUUAUCUGAACAUUGGAUUUUACGUGGUGUUGCUUUACUUUGUGAUAUUAAAUAA